AUGCCCGUCGACUUCGACAAGCAGAGCUACUGGCGCGAGCGCUUCGCGCACGAAACGCAGUUCGAGUGGCUCCUCCCGUCGGCCGACUUCAUGGCGAUGCUGCAGCCGCACCUCGACCGGCUGGACCCGUCGUCGGCGCGCAUCCUGCACCUGGGCUCCGGCACGAGCGACCUGGCGACGCACCUGCGCGGGCGCGGCUUCGUCGACGUGCUCAACGUCGACUACGAGCCGCUGGCGGCCGAGCGCGGGCGCGAGCUCGAGCGCCGCGCCUUUGGCGACGUGCGCAUGCGCUAUGCCGUCGCCGACGCGACGCAGCUGGCCAGCGGCACCGACGGCGUGCGCCCCGGCGCGCGCUUCGACCUCGUCGUCGACAAGAGCACCGUCGACGCCGUGUCGUGCGCCGGCCACGAGGCGUUUGCGCGCAUGGCCCGCGGCGUGCGCCAGCGCCUGGCCGACGGCGCCGCCUGGAUCUCUCUCAGCUACUCGGCGCAGCGCUUCGACGACGAGGAUCUGCCCUUUGACGUCGAGGUCAUUGCGCGCGUGCCGGCCCCCAAGCUGAGCCCCACGGACCCGGACAUCUACCACUGGUGCUACCUGAUGACGCCAAAAUGA